UGCUAGCCCUAGCGCCCUUUCUCUGCGAGACUCUUGACACAUUGUUCUGCAUUUAAGUUGGAGUGCAUUCCUUUGCUGGCAUUCUACGGAGAUUGGUGUGGAUCCCCAGCGCAGGAUCCAGCGCUCCUGCUCGACGUUUAGUCUUUAGAAAAACAGUUGUUAUCCGAUGCACACACGAAAAUUUUCAUUUCAUGCUCAUGUUUGAAAGGAAGCGGAACAUAAUGAUGCUAUGAUGCACACACAUCACUUAGCAGAGCGAGGAAAUAUUAUCAUAGCUUCCAAACAAGCAUGGAAUACUUAUUUUAAAUAAUGGAUAAACUGUCAGAAGUGAAAGAAAAAGAAAAUUCCUGCUUUCAGAACCUGUGGGAGAGCGUUGCUUUACCGACUGCCAGUUCAUAGGCCCUGGAUCAAGAACGGCUGACUUUCAGAACAGAAUAAUAUUUCCAUUAUUUCCAUUAUGGAAACUAAUUACACGAACACCACUCACCUAUUCUCAGUGGAAUAUUAUUAUUACACCGAAAACUCCAAUUCUGCAUUGCCAGUAGAACUGAAUGGAACUUCUCCUCCUUUUAUAGCAGCUUAUAAUAAUAUAUCAUGGAGUGGUGCACAUGAUAUUCCUCCUGAAGAAGACUUCGGGCCUUACACGUGGAACGGCUCUCAGUACCCUAGCGGGUAUUCGCAACUACGAAUCAUAGUUACAGCAUUCUUCGUCACAUUCAUCAUGGUGGUUAUCGUGGUUGGAAACAUGCUCGUGUGCAUCGCAAUAGCAACAGAAAAAGCGCUAAAAACAGUUCAGAACUGGUUCAUUGCUUCACUGGCAGUUUCAGACUUUCUAGUCGGACUAGUAAUAAUGCCCUUUUCACUAGCAAAGGAACUGAUGGGUUACUGGAUCUUUGGGACCGUUUGGUGUGAAAUACAUGCUGCUUUGGACGUUCUAUUAUGCACAGCUUCCAUAAACAAUUUAUGUCUGAUUAGUUUAGACCGAUACUGGUCUGUUACACAAGCUGUAGAAUAUCUUAAGAAAAGGACACCUACCAGAGCAGUUCUCAUGAUAUGUUUCGUGUGGGCAUUAUCAGCUCUUAUAUCUUUACCACCGCUGCUAGGCUGGAAAAAAGAGGAAAGACCUGAAGAUUAUCCAUCUUGCUCUCUUAGUGACGAUGUCGGUUAUGUACUGUACUCAGCUUUGGGAUCAUUUUACAUCCCCGCAUUUGUUAUGGUUUUUGUAUACAUAAGAAUAUUUAUGGCUGCUAGAUCUAGAGCAAGAAGGCACGUGAAAAAGACACGGCAAGCCUCAGAAGUGACGAACGACCCACCAAGGGACAAGUCCACAACAACCACCACCUGCACGAGCUUCAGCAACCCCAGUCCACCAGAUAAACGACGCGACACAGAUAUUUUUAG